CCAUACAAUUUCUCACACUCUUAACAAAAAAACCAUUCUCCUUCAAUGACUCCUACUCCUAAUUCACUUAUUCACUCAAAAAAACCUUCCUUCAUCAUGGCACCUGCAAUCACCACCACCGCCGUGAAUGCUACCGUUGAGAAACCAAAACUCGACGGUGGUAAAGGCCGUGCCUUUGUGACUUUCCUUGCUGGAAACGCUGAUUACAUCAAAGGUGUUGUUGGUUUAGCCAAAGGAUUGAGAAAAACCAAAACCAUGUACCCUUUGGUUGUUGCUAUCUUACCUGAUGUUCCUGAAGAACAUCGUAAGAUCCUUGUUUCACAAGGUUGCAUUGUUAAGGAGAUUGCUCCUGUGUACCCUCCAGCCAACCAAACCGAAUUUGCUAUGGCAUAUUAUGUCAUCAAUUACUCCAAACUACGUAUCUUCGAGUUUGAGGAGUACAGCAAGAUGAUCUACUUAGAUGGUGACAUCCAAGUGUUUGAAAACAUUGAUCAUCUAUUUGAUCUGCCUGAUGAUUACUUCUAUGCUGUGAUGGACUGUUUCUGUGAAAAGACUUGGAGUCACACUCCUCAGUAUAAGAUUGGAUACUGUCAACAAUGUCCUGAUAAGGUUCAAUGGCCAUCUAAUUUUGGACCUAAGCCUCCUCUAUAUUUCAAUGCUGGAAUGUUCGUUUUUCAGCCUAAUGUUGCAACAUAUCAUGAUCUGCUUGAGAAAGUUAAAAUUACCAAACCAACCCCCUUUGCUGAGCAGGACUUUUUGAACAUGUAUUUCAAGGAUAAAUACAAGCCUAUACCUAAUGUGUACAAUCUUGUGUUGGCCAUGAUGUGGCGUCAUCCUGAGAAUGUUGAGCUUGAGAAAGUUCAAGUUGUUCACUAUUGUGCUGCUGGCUCUAAGCCUUGGAGGUAUACCGGAGAGGAACAGAACAUGGACAGAGAAGACAUAAAGAUGCUGGUGAAGAAAUGGAAAGAGAUAUAUGAAGAUGAGACAUUAGAUUACAACAACAAUGUCAGAGUGGAACGUUUCACAGCUGCUCUGUUAGAGGCUGGUGGUCUGAAGUCAAUGCCUGCAUCAAAUGCUGCUUAAUAUGCUUCAAUGGUUACUAAUUAAAUUAAUAAUGAAGUCUAGCUACGACGAUCAACAAAUUAUUUGCAUCGUCUUAAUUUUACUUUUUUGGUUUUUGGGGUCUUAUAGUUUUUGAGAGACUUUCUUUAGGAGUCAGUUUUUUUCUUUAAUUUUGAUCAAAUCAGCCGUUACCUGAACGGUGGUGUGCUGUGGAUAUAUCUAUAAAUCUUUAAUUAAUAUUAAUAUUAUUACUAUUA